AUGGUCCACCAGAUCUCCGCCCCGCUCCCGACGCCCCCGACGUCCCCGAGCCUGAGCGAGCCCCAGCUCGUCGAGUCCCGCGGGAGCAGCACCCGGCCGGCCCUCCAACUCCUCGACCAGCUCGUCAACUUCUACCAGCAGGAGCGCGUCUGGGUGCACCACACCCGCGCCGCCCUCUUCGAGCUCGCCAUGGCGUCCUCCGCCGCCGCCGGCCCGUCGCUCUCGACGUCCACCAGCGACGACCCCUCGCCCUCGAGCACGCACCCGGACGAGCUCCCCGCCGCCGACCCGCACAGCGGCGUGCCGGACGUGACCGUCAAAUCCGAGCCCGUCGACGUCGACAUGGCCCUCGCCGGCCUGUCCAAGCCCGACCGCCACACGCGCUGGAUGCGCCGCAAGAACAGCAUGCGCCUCCAGCUCAAGCUCGACGGCAUCUCGCCCGCCACCCGCGGCCGCUCGCGCAGGCGCCGCGGCGACCCCGCCCCUCCUCCGCCCGUACCUCAAAUCGCGAACCUGCAUCAUCACCAGCUGUACGCGGCCGAGGUCGACGAGCCGCUCAUGCCCGGCGAGCACGGCGCGCGACUGCUCCAGCAGUUUGGAGACCUCAUGGACGCUCGGAUGGAGAGCUGCCAGCGGGUGACGAGGCUCGUGCAGGAGGCCGGCAGGCAGGACCUCCUGUACGGCGACCGAUGA